AUGGUGCAGUCCGUGGUGCUGUCCAUGGUGCUGUCCAUGGUGCUGCCUAUGGUGCUGCCCAUGGUGCUGCCCAUGGUGCUGAUCUGGAUUUCCACUGCCUUCAGUCUCUGUCUGUCUGCAGCCUCCAUCGUAGCCCAGAAGUGGUGGUGCCAGAUGGAGCCGUGCAUGGAGGGCGAGGAGUGUAAAGUCCUGCCCGAUCUGACCGGCUGGUCCUGCAGCACCGGCAACAAGGUCAAGACCACCAAGGUCACGCGAUAG